AUGGACGAAACUGUAAUAUUUCCGUCGCCAAAUUGGUUCCAAGUAUCUGUAAUAGCGAUUUCUCAUGAUGGAUGGCUUAUUUAUGGCGGGCCCAUAAAAAGCCUUUGUAUCUUGGAGCCGUUACAUUCUGAAGACGAUGGAGUUUUCAAACACAAUCAAUCUUAUAGAGCUCAUGUGGUGAAUAAAGCACAUUUAGAAAAGAUCACAAGUGUGGACAUUUCAAAGGAAUGGCCAGAAAAGAAAUUAGUCUUAACUGGGAGUGCUGAUGGGUCUGUAAAGCAGUGGAACUUAGAAAAUUUUAAGAACUCCUAUAGAGUUAAAUCUACCCUCAGUCACGAAAUUCAUUAUAAUGAUAAAGAGGAUAUAGCCGGUCUAGGUUAUAGUACCGAUGUGUUUGCUAUCACAGUGGGAGGCUUCGGUAACAUAGUCAAAUGGGAUUUGAAAUCCAAUGUUGUUAAGACUUAUAAUCAAUUUUUAAAGAGCUUCAAGCCGACAUGUGUUGCGUGUUCACAGCACAUACCAUUAAAUGUUGCCGUCGGAACAAAACAGGGUGUUGUGUUUGUUUUAGAUUUAAAUGGGAAUGGCAAAAUUGUUUUUAAGGUAAGGGGUCAGGAUGAUGAGAUAAUCAACUUGUCAUGGUGUCCACAAUAUGAAGUGAUACUUAAAAAGACCCUUAAAGAAUCACAAAAUCGUAUACAUCUAGAAAGUAAAUUAGAUAAAUUGAAAUUGAAGGAUGAUGAAGAUGAUUUAAAUAAUUCAGGAAUAUUAAAGAACCUUCCAGAAGACAGCUUCGAUGAAACCAUUGCGCAAGAAGAUGAUAUGUUUGAUAUAUACAAAGAUCAUGAAGCAGAUGAAUUUGGUCAUAAAAAGUUUCAACCAACCGAUAUCAUAGUCAAGAUGAAAAAAGAAACACCUCCCAGUGACUUCUUGGCUGACUGUUUGAAACUUAAGGAGGAAAUUAUAAAUAAAAAAAAUGUUCAGGAAUCUUCAAUAGCAAGCCUAGUUGAUGCAUUGGAUAAGACGCACGUUGAAAGUAAUGAUUCCGGGGAAAAUAAAACAAAUGUUCAUGAAAUACAAACCAAUGAGAAUGAAUUGAAUAAAACAGAAAAUGCAGCUGAAGUUAUAGAAGAAACACAAUCUAAUAAUGUAGAAGAAUCUAGUUCUCAUUUGCACAAACAUCUUUUAGCUACAAUCGGAAAAUAUGGGGGCGUAAGGCUAUGGUCAAAAUCAGGAAAACUUGUAGGAUCUUGCGUUGUACCAAACGCUGUGAACAAAAAUCACAGAAGUAAAGGUCCCAUAGCAACAACAUUAUUAUGGUACAAGCCUGAUGUAUUGCUCAUUGCUGAUGGAAAAAGUCAAUUGCUUGAGUGCAAUCCUAUGAAGAUAGAUUGUAGGAAGAAACUGGAUUGGCAGAUAGUCCACUCGUUACACAAACGUGGUUUAUAUGCUAUCGCAACUAAUGCGCCUCGUGUGCAAACAGAAAAUUCGAACGGUUCAGAUAAUUGGCUAGUUUGGACGAUCGCGCAAGAUCGUAACAUCGUUUGUUAUUCUAUGGAAAGAAAGGAAAAGAUAUCCGUACACAACACCUUUGGGGGUUUUGUGUACUCUAUACAAAAUUGUCCUUACGAUGCUAAAAAGCUAGCAAUAGGCGUAGCUGAUGGCGCUGUACGUGUUUGGCACACGGAUACACUUGUAGAAGAUGAAAGCAAAUUGUCUACCGGUCAUGUGACUUCAUACUGGCAGAACGUUCAAGGCAAGGUGUUGACAAUUGCAUGGCAUCCCACAAAAGAAAAUUUACUUGCCUUUGGUACCGCUGAAGCUAGGGUGGGUUUGAUUGAUACAAGUGGUAAGACAGAGCGUCCGGCCAAAACAUUACUUCCAGUAUUACAAGGAGGAGUGUAUUCUUUGUGUUGGGGACCAAAUGAUCAACUUUACGCCUGCGGUGGAGGAAAACUUGUUGUAUAUAAUACAGAUGCCAUUGAUAAAGAUCCGAUGCCAAUAAAAAUCGAGUUUGAAGGAAAGCAAUGGGAAUUGAGUUCAGUAUUGUCUCAUGCCCGAGGCCUAGUGAUUGGUGGAGUUAAUGGAGGUUUGGCUGUGUUAGAUCCUGACACAAACGAACUCAUCACUGCUUCUUUUAUAUUCGGCAAAAUGAUAUACACUAUAGAAUGGCACCCACAACAGACAUCUGCAUCCAGCGAGGAUUCUAUGUAUAAAGAUUUAAUAGCUGUUUCAUCUCAUGAUAAGUCAUGCAGUAUUAUAAUCGUGGAGUACAAUGACAAAGGAGACGGUCCUAAAAUAAAGUUGUGGAAAACUUUGUCUGGUCACAAGGCAACAGUUCUACAACUAUCUUGGAACCCACACAAUGAUGUACAGCUAUUGUCAACCUCACAUGAUACUACAGUUAGAAUCUGGGAUAUAUCAUCUGGUGUAUGUACUCAUAUAUUCGGAGGUCAUUCCCAAGCCUCGCUCAGUGCCUGUUGGAGUCCAUUUCCAUCACUUUCAACAACAGUAAUGUCUAGUGGGUCAGAUUGUUGUUUGAGAUUGUGGAACAUGGACAGACAUACAGCAGAUCUUUAUACUGAAAUACAUCGUGAAGUGGCUCCGCGGGCCCAGAAAAAGAAUAAGACUGAAAAGGCUGAAAUUCAAGAAAUAGAAAAAGGUGAUGAACAAGUGGCUACCACCUUUGAUAGUAAAACAUCAACUAAAGCACCGAAGAAAUUCCUCUUACCUGUAAUAAGUAAACAAAUAUCGCCAUGCACUGUGUACAGUGUAAGACAAAUGGUAGUCAAAUAUCAAAAUAACACCAACAAAAAGGCGGGUAACGGCCAACAUGAACCAAAGGAAAUCGACGAAGGUAACAAGGGAGAGGAAAAAAUUGUUGAAUUUACAAAGAUCUUCGGCACAACGAAUGAUUUGAACGAAGUCUUGGACAUGGAAAUGGCUCGUCACUCAACAUGUAACCGUUGGGAGUCGUGUGUUAUACUGGACGUGCUCCGCGGUCAGAUGUCCGAUAUGAUGACGUCAGCGGCCGCCCGCGGGCAGCUCUGCCCGUUCAUAGUGAGCCUCGCGCCCACCGUCUCUCACAAAUUUUGGAAAGAUGCAACUCAAAUGUAUUUGGCUCAAAUCGAUAGAAUGAUCGCUAAAGGAGAGGAGGAGAAGCUAAGCGAGAACAAACAGUAUGGUGGUGCCAUCUACCGUAAGAUGUGUCUUCAGUUGUGUUCACACGACGUCCGAGCGGCCGUUCAAACACUCGUAGAUGCGAGACUGUUUAAGGAAGCUUACAUAUUGGCGAGGGUCAGGCAUAUGGACAGCAUCGCUGAGGACACGUUAAAGAAAUGGGCAACUGAUUGUUUACAAACUGGCAACAUUUGCAUGGCUGCAGUGUGUUAUUUAGCGUUAGGCGAUCCAUACCAAGCCGCUUUGGCCUUGUCUAAAUCGAACGAUCAAGAAUUACUCAGCAUAGCGUCGGAGCUAGCAAAGGAAUCUGGACAACCAACAUUCGCUAAUCAUAUAGAAGAUAAGAAAACACAAAUAUUAAGCGAAACUACAGAUAAUGAUGAACAACUAAAGGAACUGCCAACAAAAAUUGAACUACUGAUCGAUAGUGUUGGCAUUAGUGAAGUUACAUCGGAUGUGAUAUGA